UUAACUGUACGGUGCAUAAACAAAUGUUUUCAGAGAUUGUACUACCAAUAUAAACCGGUUUAUUCUUGAAAAAGAAAAAUUGUUGUUUUGGGUUUGCGUAGUUAAACAGGCCUGAGGCGGGCCACGAUGCCGUACUUGGGCUGUGAGGAGACGGUGAAGGAGCUGAAGAGGGCACUGUCUAACCCCAACAUCCAAGCGGACCGGCUCCGCUACAGGAGCUACAUCACCCGCGUAAUCCGGUCAAUGACCCAAGGUCUGGAUGUCUCCGCUCUGUUCAUGGACAUGGUGAAGGCCAGCGCCACAGUGGACGUCGUUCAGAAAAAACUCGUCUACCUCUACAUGUGCACGUACGCCAGCCACAAGCCUGACCUGGCCCUGCUGGCCAUCAACACGCUUCGCAAGGACUGCGCCGAUCCUAACCCCAUGGUGCGCGGCCUGGCCCUCAGGAACAUGUGCAACUUCAGGAUGCCAGGCAUCACAGAGUACAUCCAACAGCCCAUUCUGACCGGGCUGAGGGACAAGGCUUCAUAUGUAAGAAGAGUGGCAGUGCUUGGCUGUGCCAAAAUGCACAGUCUCCGUCCCAGCACAGAGAUAGACCCCAGCAUCGUCAACGAGCUGUAUGCCCUGCUGAGGGAUCCCGACCCCGUGGUGAUGGUGAACUGUCUCCGAGCCCUAGAGGAGAUCCUGAGAGAGGAGGGUGGAGUGGUGAUCAACAAGCCCAUCGCGCAUCACCUCCUCAACAGAUUGAAGGAUUUGGACAGCUGGGCACAGAGCGAAGUUCUCAUCUUCCUCAUGCGCUACCGUCCCCGCGGCGACGACGAGCUCUUCGACGUCCUCAGCCUGCUGGAUGAAUUCCUCCAAAGCGUUCAUACGCCCGUCAUGGCGGCCACGCUCCGCCUCUUCCUGCGUUUAGCCGCCGCCCACCCUGCUGUGCAGGCCGACGCGCUCCUGCGUGCCCGCGGCCCCCUGUUGGCUGCCUGUGGUUCUGCGUCACGUGAGCUGCGCUUCGCUGGCCUGUGUCACGUCCAGCAGGUUCUGCGCAGCCAGCCAGCCUUGUACAGCGGUCAAUACAAGCGCUUCUUCUGCGGUUACUCCGAGCCCGGCUACAUAAAGCUCCGUAAGAUGGAGAUCCUGGUGGAGCUGGUCAAUGAUGAGAAUGUGGUUCUGGUUCUGGAGGAGCUGAAGAGCUACUGCACUGAUGUGUCACCUGAGCUGGCUCAGGCAGCCAUCGCAGCCAUCGGUCAUAUUGGCAGAACAUACACUGAGAAGUGUCUGGACAUCCUGACAGGAUUACUGGCACUGCAGCAAGAGCAUGUGACCUCUGCAGUGAUCCGGACGUUCAGGGACCUGGUGUGGUUCUGUCCUCAGAGCAUCGGGGCCGUGUGUCGGGCCGUCGAGGUCUGCGGCGAGAACCCCCAGGACACCGAGGGUAAACAGGCUCUCUUGUGGCUGCUGGGGAUGCAUGGGGAGCAGAUCAGCAGCGCCCCCUAUGUGCUGGAGGGCUUUAUAGACGGGAUAAAGGCCGAGCUCUCCUCCGCGGUGAAAACGGAGCUGCUCACAGCCGCCCUGAAGCUGUUUCUGUGUCGUCCCGCUGAGACGCAGGACAUGCUGGGUCGUCUCCUGCACUACUGCAUCGACGAGGAGAGUGACAUGUGCGUGCGUGAUCGCGCCUUGCUGUAUUACCGGCUGCUGCAGUGCGGGGUGGACGAAGCCCGGAAGAUUUUGCUGGGGCCCGAGUCCGACCCGUCCAUGACGGUCCUCGCCGGCCGGCCCGAGGAGCCUGUGGGCUGCUGGGCGUCUGGCUUCAACACGCUGGGGCCCCUGGCGGGAGCGGACGCCCACCCGGACGCCCCUCCUGCCGACAGCUCCGCCCAGCACUGCCACAGCACGGAGGAGGAAGUGGUUUCUAAACCUCCAUGCCAGGCCUGCCCAGAAUCAGCAGGAGCCGCGGAGGGGCCGCGCAACACGGGCGACUCCCAAGAAGAGCCGGGUCUCACCCUGGGACCUCCGCUGUCCCACGAGGCCUUCGAACGGCUGUGGGUGGAGCUGCGGGUCCUCCACCGGCAGACUCUGGGCUUCCCGCCACCUGCUGCCCCUCCGGAGACCCUGCAGGCCGUGCUGCAGCUAGUGAAGGUCCAGGCGCUGGCCUUCAGCCGCUGCGAGGCCCGACCCUGGAAGGCCUACGUGUGCGCCAGGGCCGGGAGCACCCUGGUGCUGGCCGAGCUCCUGCACGGCGACCCCGCGGUGCCCGACAGCCAGGAUGCACUGCUGCUCUCGGUCAAGCAGAGGCCCGAGAACCUGCAGGCCAUAAGGGGCUUUGUGUCUGUGCUUCACAAUGCUCUACAGACCCUCAGCUCGGACAGGACAUGAUGGCUCCCCUCCCUCUAAGCUCCGUAGUUGCUCCCUAACUGCCUUUCCAUUUUAAUAAUUUGCCAUUGCCCUUCCUCCGCUGCCGGUGGUUGAGUGGCGUUUGUUUGAGGACCGGAAAUGAGAAAGGACUUGUCCUGUAGUCACGUACAUCACACGCGGUACCCUGAAUAGUGAAGGGUUCUGGACCUCACGUACACUGGCAGGUAAAUGAACAGUUAAUGUUACAUUGGUCACCAACAUUGGCCUUACACCCGACUCCCAGGUGAACCCCACUCAGUGGUUUAGCUUUAAUCACCUACAAAACCAGAACUGGAGCCUGGAUUCGGGAUUGGAGGUUAAAGACCUCCGCUGUGCAGGUACAGGGCCAGAAGUCUGUUACCUGAAACUGUCGGCCACGUGCGCUGUGUGAUGCAUACGCCUACGGCACGUCCUGGACAAUCCGACACCACCCCAACACAUGCCCACACUCUGACAUUGUUGCCUGAACUCCCAGUUGGCAUGGCGAAGUUUGCUGAAGGACAGUCGGCUCCGUUUCAGUUCUGUGAGCUCAGCGCUGGUCCGCUGGUGCCUCGACACACAGCACAUAAAACUCUCAACACAUUUGUGUUCAAACCCACAACGCUGAUGUUUUUAUUUCUUGUUAAGAACAAAAAAUUAAAUUAAAUGGAUGAUUAAAUGAAUGAGUAAACUAAUCUGGUGUAUUAUUGAGCGUGGUGUUGUCCAUAUGACUGACUUAUUUAACAAUUUAAAAUUUUUGUGAAAUGUUAUCGACUGUCAUAGUUCACGGUAAAUCAUCACUGUGCAUGAUUUACGCCUGUUCAUGGAACAGGAUCCGAAUACAGAAAAGGACGAUAACGACACUAAUCCAAUUUAGAAAGAAAGGCAGGACUUGUUCUUUCAGAAGAGUAAUAUUGGAACACUUCAUAGCGUCUGUCCCCAAGCACGGCCAUUACCACGUGGUGUCUUAUCACAGUGACUGUCUUCAGUAUAUCUUGCAGGUAACAUGUCUGUCAUCAGGUGCCAUAAUAUCUCACAUGCACACUGCCCUAGCAUGUGAUUAUUUUUGAUUUUGUUCCCGAGAAAAAUUCAGUUACACUGGUCAACAAUGUUUUUAACUUCUUGGAAAAUUAUUUUUUAUUUUUAAUGCUGAAUCCAAUUGUGUUUUCGGACUUUUCCCAUCAGCCAUAGUUGCCAUGUUUCGUUGUACUCGUGUGUCGUUAUGUGUGGUAUGGAAAUGUGGUAUUGAGGAAAUCAGACUACUGCUGACCACUGAAGAGGGAUGUUCCUGAGGCCAAAUACAGACCCAACAUUCCACAUUUUAGAAGUACGUCUGCGCACAUUUAAAGUGCAAAAACGGCCUUGUGUAUGAAUAAGUGAUAUAUAAUUACUGUAAAAAUGUAAAGGUGAACUUGUAAACAAGGCCUGUUAAUACUCUGAAUCCACUGUGAGAGUCUGGUAUAGCGGUCCACUGGGUACACUAACGCUUUCUGUACUUUGUACAUAAUGUUAAUUUUGACCAAGUAAUCGAGUUUUUCAGGGUCUACACUUACUGUCAUACUGAUAAGUACGCAAGUCGCUCUGGAUAAGAAUUUCCACUAAAUGCGGAAAACUAGAGUCAAAACUUAGUCUGCAAAACAUAACAGCUUUUAAAUUAUAUGUAGGGUGUAAUUCUUUUCAUAACUGUAUUUCUCCGGCAGAUUGGCAGAGGAAAGGGUACGUGUCUUGUGAGGGUUGGGCACAGCAAACUGUGGUUUCCCACAUAUACCAAAAUGCAUGUAUGAGCGGCACGUUAGCUGCAAACCGAAACUACAGCGUUUAAUUCACUUGAAUGUGGAACUGUGUCUAAAAAACACAAAACGUUUACAUCUUUCUGAGGAGGAGAGACUAGGAUGCUUAUUUUCCUAAGGUCUGUCUGGUGAAGUUAGGCAUUUAGAUGAUGCAUUAGACAGACUUUCCACGUCACUAGAAACUUCGAGUGCUUCCCAGCCCCACUGAGGAAGAGGUUUAGUGAUGUCACUUAUGACAUUCUGCAUCUGUUAUUUUACUCUGCUAUAAAAUAAACUCUUAUACUGA